AUGGCGUCGCCGCGCCUGAGGGAGCGGGGAAAUGGAGCAGAGGGACCUAAGGACAUUGCUUCCACUGGUGCAGCUCCCACCGACAUGGAGCUCGUGUCCUCCAUGAUGCAAAAAAUUGCUCUGUUGGAACAAAAAGUAAAGAAACAAGCAGAGGAAAUCCAAUUGAAGGACAGGAAGAUUGCUGAACUUAAGGGGAAGAUGAAGACCCCCCUUCAGAAAGCAGAAGAUGCUCCUGACUCACCCAGAGCAGAGGAUCUAGAAACGAGGUGCCUUCGGCUGCAGACCCAGGUCUGGGAGAUGGAGCGGUUUCUAAAUGACUAUGGUCUGAUUUGGGUUGGAGAGAGUCAUGAACAACUCGAAGACUUAGAAGCAUGCAAGGACGAAGAAGAACUGCCUGCAAGGAGGCUCUGGAAGCCAGGUGAAACAAUUGCUUCAAAAUUCCAGAUUGAUUUUGACUUAGUUUUGGAAAACGUGAAGGAUUUGAACGCGCUGGCUGGGGAAGGCCUUUCUGAGAUCGAGCACACGCCUCAGGGCGCUCGCUUGAGGCAGCCAGAAUCCCUCCCCCUCACACUGUAUGGAGAUGGGAUGGUCAUGGGCAACGGACCCUUUCGGCCCUAUGAGGAACCGUCCUCGCAGCAAUACCUGCGGGAUAUCAUGGAUGGCUAUUUCCCUUCAGAGCUACAGCCACGCUACCCCAACGGCGUUCCUUUACAGGUCACCGACAAGAGGGACGUGGUAUUCCGGGAGAGACACCUUCCAGGGAGCUUUCCUGGCCCUGGCCAAGUGGUUGGCCAUUCCAAAUCAAGUGAGCUACAGGAAACCACGGAGAUCCCAG